AUGGAAAUUCUAUAUCUUUAUGAGGUAUCUGGACAGUUAGUAAAUAACAGCAAAUCAGCUAUUUAUAUGCAUCACUUGACAGAUUUGGAGAUAGUAAGAAAAGUGAAGAGGAUAACUGGUAUUGGAAGGCAAGAUUUUCCAUUUACAUACCUUGGAUGUCCCAUUUUUUAUGCUAGAAGAAAGCUGGAAUAUUAUCAAGGUAUCAUCAAUAAAGUACUUGAGAAGCUGCAAACAUGGAAAGGUAAAUUACUGUCAAUAGGAGGCAGAGCAGUAUUGAUAUCAAAUGUGCUUCAAAGUAUGCCAAUACACCUACUUUCAGCAGUAAAUCCUCCCAAGUAUGUGAUAACUAGAUUACAUAAGAUAUUUGCUCAAUUCUUCUGGAGUAGUGCAGUUGGAGUAAUAGUUCCCAUGGAGGAGAGGAUCACAUAUUUGGAGGAAGAUGUUGGAAUGCAGGGGCAUAAUUGA